CAUCCCUGUGACUCUCUGUCAGGUGGAACACAAUUACAGAGCGGCAGAUCACCGAGUGAAGUCAUCGUAGCUCGUCACCAUAACCAACCACCCUUUGCUACCUCCUAGCUGCCUCUAGCUGCUAUUCUCCUACUCAUAUUAUUUGGUUACAGAGAGAGAGAAGCGAACUCACAAAUCAAAUCGAAAUGCUCCGCGAUGGAGAAGAAACCCCCUCCAGAUUCGAAUUGUUGAGCAUGGUGAAGAAGCAUUCGAGCUUGUUAGGGAAAACCGUAGUUGACGCGGACGAUGUUUCCGAUGUCGAAAUGGACCACAAAUUUUGGCAUGAUGUAUUGGAUUUGUAUUUCAUUUGUGGCAAGGACUCCAGGGGACGCCAGGACGAUGAUCUCGUGUUCUUUGUCAGAAAAUUGAGCUCUUAUGGGCCUGGUUCCAGUGACGAAAGUGUUUCUCCUUACUUUGUACGCAGGUGGGCACCUAAGUUGGAUAAUUUGAUCGGUGAAAAUAAUGUGGAGGUGGAUUGGAGGCGUUCAUAUUACUUGAACUUGAUUGCUCACACUGCAUUUACUGUCACAGUGGCUAUUUGCAGAGCUUUGCAAUGGUAGAAGUUAAAAUAAGUGUUGAUUUUCAGUCAUCAGGACCUUCGGAAUCAUCAAGCUGAGCAGGGUACACCAUUAUCUC